GUGUCGUUACAAUUUCAGCAGCGUGCUGAAGCAGAAACCAAACUUGGAGGAACGCGGAUCCGAGGCGAGAGAGGGACGGAUUGCCUUGCCCUCGUUCCCUCCUUUCCCCAGCUGUAACACACACGCACUUUGUCAUCAUCUGCAUGUCUGCUGCUCCCGUCUACUGCUUCUUACAGUUGAUUCUGAUCAAGCAAGAGUGCAUAAUAGCCAUCCCUCUUCUAUUCAGCUCCUCCUGGUUUCUCUCAAGGGAUAUAUGCAGAGACCUUGCCUGAGGGCAGUGAGAUAGCCGGGGCUUCCCCAACCCCGUUUUGGCCUGAUCUGGGAAGACACACACAGUCAUUAACACACCAUGUCAUUUAAGGCAUCCUAAUGCUUUCUGUGAAAGGAGGAAAAAAGAGAGCAAGGAAAAGGAAGCGGCUGAGGCAAAACCCACAGGACCCGGUCGAAUGUAAAAAAUGUAAAAGAGCCCAGCUGGAUCAGACGAAAAGUCCCUUUAGUCCAGCUUCCUUUUGCCAGCAGGACGCGAGCAGAUGCCUCCAGGACGUCUACAAAGCAGGUCAUGAAGGCAACAGCUUUCCUCUGUCACAUGUGCCCAGGAUUUUUAUUCAGAGGUUUACUGUCUCUGAAUACAUCGGUUCUAAUUUCACCAUUGUACCUAUUAACCGUUGGUAGACCUACCCUCUAUACAUUUGUCAAGUUUUAAGAGCAAGGCCUACCAAGAGUCUGAUCUUCCUGCAGCAAGCUGCCCAUCAAGGGUCCCUCCUGAGGAACUGAAGGCAAUUAGAUUUGAAGAUUUAUUUUCACAUACUUACUUUUCUCUAGAACUCUAACAAGAGAUAGUGUCAGAUUCAUGGCAUCUUUUCAGAACAAAUGAAAACAUUCCCUUAGCCAUGAUACAUGGGCCUGCUGAAAGACUGGCACAAUGAGGCAGCUGACAAGCACUUCAACGAAUCACACAUAAGCCCAUCUUGCCUGUGAGCCUGUAUGGAGGAAAAGUGAUAGGCCUCAGCCACACGAGCAUGAAUUCCACAAACGUGACAGACGGCUCCCUCUGCCUUUGGGAAAAGGUGGUGAUCGGGGUCGUUCUCUCCGUCCUCAUUAUGGUGACUGUCUGUGGCAACGUGAUGGUAUGCCUGGCUGUGUAUUUCAACCGGCGGCUCCGCAGCCUGACCAACUAUUUCAUAGUCUCCUUGGCCUGCACGGACCUGCUGCUGGGCCUGCUGGUGCUCCCCUUUUCAGCCGUCUAUGAGAUCUCCUCCCACGAGUGGCACCUGGAAACUACUUUUUGCAACAUCUACAUCAGCCUGGACGUCAUGCUGUGCACAGCCUCCAUCCUCAACCUCUUCAUGAUCAGCCUCGAUCGCUACUACGCCAUCACGGCCCCUCUCCGCUACACCACUCUGGUCACUCCUCUGCGGGUGGCGGUGGCCAUGUUCCUGAUCUGGGUGGUGUCGCUCAUGGUCUCCUUCCUACCUAUUCACCUGGGCUGGAACACCAACGGCACAACCAUCCAGAACACACUUUCUUCCAAUGGGAAGAGGGAGUGCAAGCUGGAGGUCAACCCCAUAUAUGUACUGGUGGAUGGCUUGCUAACGUUCUACCUCCCACUGCUUAUCAUGUCCGUCACAUACUACCGGAUCUUCAAAAUAGCCAGGGAACAAGCCAAGAGGAUUAACAGCAGCAGCUGCUGCAAGACGGUCAGACAUGCGUUGCCCACUGUGAAGGAACACAAAGCCACUGUGACGCUUGCGGCUGUGAUGGGAGUCUUCAUUGUCUGCUGGUUCCCUUAUUUUACAGUGUUCACAUACCGAGGCAUGAGGGGUCAGGUGUGUGAAACGCUGAUGACCAUUGUCUUGUGGCUUGGGUAUGCCAACUCAGCUGUGAACCCGAUCUUAUAUGCUGCACUGAACAGGGACUUCCGGACAGCUUAUCAGCAGCUGCUCAAGUGCCGGAGAGUGUGGCCAAAUGCCAGAGAGGUCGCUCUGACAUAUGAGAUGAGAGGCAAAACCUGUAAUCAGGCCCCGGGCAAGCAGGAAGAUAAACCUUUGCAUCUACAUACAAUGAAUGGGAAGGAAAACCCUUGCAUCCAAGACUGCAUAGAAAGGUAAGAUUUCUUUGUCUGAUGCUGAAUUAUAUUUGAUAUUGUGCUGGCGGCGGGAAGAGAGC